GGAUACAAAUGGCUAUGACGUAAGAGGAAAUUGUGUACAUAGAAAUAAAAAAUUCAGCUGUGUUAUUUUUUCAUAUUUUAUAAACAUUUUUUUAUUUGAUGACAAAGAAAACAGACCACUCACUUGACGAAAUUAUUUCUAGUUCACCAAGAUGGAGCGCUCCAAAAAGCGAAAUCUGCAAGUCCUAAGUUUUCCUGGGUAGAUUUAGACGCUGUUUUAAGCAAAUUGAACAUGCGUCAUGAGUCAGCCUAAUAAAGAACGAAAGCGCAAGAUGGAUGCCCUGAUUAGCGGCGACAACUCGAAAGCUCACACAAGCCAGGAAAGCUGUUGUUCGUCUGCCAAAACGCCAUGUAUGGUACAGGGAUCAGCAUCCGGGGACUCCCAGGGGAAUAUGUGCCACGAGUUUGUGACCGUACUGCGAGACAUAGAGAACGAAGGAUCCCAGGCCGUCAUACACACACACGCCUGCGAUCUGGACGAUGUUUGGUCUCACAAGUACCCGCUGCCUCUAAGCAAGUAUCCUCCCAAGACGAUCAAAACAGGAAAUAAGUACUAUGACGUCAUCAUUCCAGACCUUCCUCAGAUUGGCUACAAACCUUUGCAGGUAAUUGCCAAGGGAAGGUCUGGAACUGUUCUACUGGCCCAAGAUUUGCAUCCUGGGAUAGAUAUGAGAGAAGCGGAAUGUCAGCCUGUGGCUAUAAAACUUCAAUCGGGCAAGAAACGGAAACAGACAACACCAACGGGCGAAGACAGUCAGAGGAAGGAGGCGGUGUCUGAUGAGAUACUCAUACACCAGAGAUUACACCAUGAACACAUCGUUGCACUUAUCAACACAAUCUGUUACCAAGGAAGAACUGGCUUGGUGAUGGAAUUCUGUGAGAGCGGUAACCUAGAGACUUUACUCAGAGCUCAUGAUGCCAGAUUUGUCAGUGAGUCCAACGCCAGGAAGUACCUGAGGCAGCUACACAGCGCCCUGGAGUACAUGCACCUCUCAGGCGUAGCUCACAGAGACAUCUGCCCCCAGAACAUCCUGAUCACCAACGACAACACUGUGAAGAUUGGUGACUUUAGUCACGCCGUGAACUUCUCCCCAGGAGAUCACUUGUGUACCGAUAUAGUGGGAACUGUAGGCUACCAGGCACCUGAGAUGCUCCUCAAGCAGCAGUACCACCCACGACAGACGGACAUGUGGUCACUUGGGGCUGUCCUCUUCACUAUGGUCAUCGGUCGACUUCCGUAUGGACGAAUCAAAACGGAAGAUGAAGCCAGAUCUCUUAAGCCUCUGGUGUUUCCUCCCCCUUCCGUACUAAUACUCUCCUCUCAGGUGAAAGAACUUUUGAUUGGCAUGCUAGCCUACGUGCCCAGUUCUCGCUACACUCUAAACCGUGUCAAAAACAGCGAAUGGUUCAACAUGGCGUCUGACCGAGUUCAAAUCGGCAGCUUCUACCUCGUACGGCAGCCCCAGAAAGUCUGCGAUGGAGAAAGGGAAAGAGAAGUGAAGGCCGAGUAUGAAAUUUAAAUAUUUGUCUGCUGCAUUGACUUCAAGUUGGCACGUAUUCAGAAGCUCAAGAAAUCAGCCUAUUCUAGUUCAUACGAAUCAAUUCCAUUUUCUAAGUUUCAAAACGGUGCUGUCAUUAUUUAACUGCUUAUAAAUAAAAUGUAUUUAUAUGCAUGCAGAUUUAUUAAUUAUUGACCCGUAUUCUUUUUUUUUUUUUAACUAUUCCAUAUCAGGAUAUUAUUCUAAGGGAGAUGAUCAUCAGUGGAUAAAUUGCUAGGCAAAUUGUAAAUAAAUAUUUCAUAUAUCUUAAAAGAACACAACAGCAAUAGGAUGAAUUGUGUUCACUGGUUUAUCAUAGUUUUUGUGUGUAUGUUAUAUAUGUUUUAUCUUAAUCAAAAAAAAAAAAGUUUGGUGGCUUCCCUUUAAUUUUUUUUUAUAAUUUAUAAAGGGAAGUAAUAGUUGUUCUAUUUUUCUUCCAAUAUGUAGUUUAUUAAAUGCGUUUACCCCAUUGAUGAAUGUAGAUCGAAAAAUACCAUGAAUUCUGUUUUUUUUUUAUUACACACAAUAUGUCUAGAAAGUCGUUAAAGCUUUUAAAUCAUUGCUUACAUAUUUAGAAACUUUUUUUUUUAAUUACUUAUAAAUUUAUAAUUCUGAAAUGCAUAAUAAUAAUGAUAUUUAUUGUUUUGUUUUGGAUGCCUACAUAGGUCUAUAUCUUUAGAUUGAAUUCAUCAAAAUUUCCUGUUACUUAAAAUUGUACUUUAUUAUUCAUUUAACUAGCACCAUUCUUGGUUUCAAUUCAUGCUAAGUUGUUCACUAUCUAGCUAGAUGUGUAUUGAUAGAACUAUCAGCAUGUUUAUAACUUUUCUAGCUAGAUGUGUACGUGUUGUUCAAUAUAUGCAACACACUGUCUUAAAAAAAAACACAUUUUUUUUUAUCUUAAAUUUUUUUUUCUUAUAAAAAAAAUAAAUCUUUUUUCUUAGCUU